AUGGCUUUCUUCAGCGCCCCUCAGAUGAGCGAGUGGUACAUCUACCAUGCCACCAGAACGAAAGUAAUUAGCUAUCAAGCUGAGCACACAACCUUUUGUGUCCCAACCUUUAACCGCAUAGACCGGCUGUAAUUAGGACUUAACCGCACUGACUCCCACCUGUCUGAACGAUUCCCUUGAUCCUCCCUUAAAAACCCAGACGGGACGCCUCUGUCGCCGCCAUCAUCUGAUAGGAACGGGCCCCAAAGUUCCCGGGAUCCAAAACCCAACGCUGUCAGACCCCUUUGAACAAAACCCCUGCCGGAAUUGGACUCGUGACAGUGCCCCUCCGUCCCUUUUUACUAGUAAGCCGCGCGAAUCUCCACGUAGUGUGAUGUGUUUGAAAAACUGGGUAUACCUGUCCCCCAAACCUCCUUUACCAGCACAUCCGUUCCUGUACAACCCACCAAAUCCUUACCUUAACCGACUGAAGUUCGACAACCGAGUGUAG